AUGUACAGUGGUCCCGCAACCCAUUUAGUGGCUGGACGACGGGGGAGCGUGGGGUUGGCCCAAGGCGCGACGGCCGAAGACUCGUGUGCGUUCGUCGACACGUUGAUCCGCACAGUCCAGCGUCGCCUGCAGUCGGAAUUAGGCUUCCAAGAGCUCGUCGUGUCGUCGGGCGAAGAAGCCUCGGAAACCGACUCGAGUCGCACGCACAAGCAAGUCGACAGUUCUAUGCCGCAUGAUAGGUCGUCGGUACAAGGUACCGAUAGCGACUCGCACCCCUGGCCCGCUACGGCCGCCAGUACGCGGCAGCUGGUAUCCGGGAAAGACGCGCCCCGUCGCACGAGCGUCGCCUCGUCUGCUUGCAGCGACUGCAGCAAAGGGACCGUGUAUGUCUCGAGCGGCUAUGCGUCGAAACAGCGGGUGUUGGUGAUCGUACCUUACCGGGAAGCUGGCAUCUGGAGUCGCAGCAUUUGCAUGAACCAAUUCGACAGCGACAGCGACAGUGGGUCCAUGAUGUCGUACCUGAAGAAAGCGCUGAGCGAGGACUACGGCGUGGUGAUUCUAAACCCAGCCGCCCAGAGUUGCCACCCGAGAGCGCACGUCGAGAGUGCGUGGGACCAUUUGAUUGCGCCGUUGCAGAGCGACGUGUUCAUUGUCGCGUUUUCCCGCGGCGCCCAGAUGGUGUUGCACCUGUUGAACUACGACAAUGGAGCCGGCGUGAUGCAGGACCGCGUCAAGGCACUGGCGCUCGUUGAACCGUCGCAUUACGUAAGUGACAGCGAUUCGUACUUUGCACGGCGCAUGCUCGCGCGCCGAGCAGUCGCGUGGAUCCUGAACGCCGACAUUGACGUGGGCUGCAAGAUCCCGCAAGGCCACGCGCGUCACGGCUGCGUCUGCGUCUCGGCGGGCACCGUGCCGUCCAAUGUGUUGGGCAGCAGUGGCGCGUAUGCGCUCGAGAUGGUCAAGAGCUCGGUCUUUGGCUCGUUUGCCGCCCGGGAUGGUGAAGCCGCGGGCAUUACCGUGAACGCGAGCAAGAUCAGUGCGUGUGGCAUCUGCCACCGGAAACUCACGAUGCUCAAUCGCCGCAUCCCGUGCUCGUGGUGUGAAGUCAAGUACUGCAGUCGCUGCUGUGAAGACAAGUUCGUGCCGGCGUUUGGCAGCUGGCGCGUCUGUUCGCUCUGCCAGUCGCUGCCGUGCUUGAUUGAUCCGCGUCGGAAGAACCGCAGUGCCAAGAACCACACGAGUCCAACAGCUGCGUCCCAGGAACGCUGCAGUGUCUUUAUCCGUCCGAUGGCCGAUGAUGAUGAUCCUGUGUGUUUGGGGGACUUUGAGAUUGUCAAGCUUGUAGGACGCGGCGCCUGUGGCCGCGUCAAGCUCGUGCGCAAGAAACACGGCUAUGAUGAAGGUGUGUUUUACGCCAUGAAGGCUAUUCGCAAGAAACUGAUGAUUCAGCGCGGGCUCGUGGAAGCCACGAAUGCCGAGCGGCGGAUUCUCGAUCGGAUCAAACAUCCCUAUGUCGCGACGCUGUGCUAUGCUUUUCAGACGAAAGCAAAGCUGUACUUGCUGUCCAAGUAUUAUCCUGGAGGCAAUUUGCUGGACCAGAUGCGUCUGGCACGGAGGUUUGCCGAAGAUCGCACGAGGCUGUAUACUGCCGAGGUGGCGCUGGCCAUCCGUCAUUUGCACCAGAAUGAUAUUAUUUAUCGCGAUCUCAAGCUGGAGAACGUGCUGGUGGACUCGGACGGUCACGUGGCGCUCACCGAUUUUGGCAUGUCGAAAGAGAACAUGCCUGAAAAGGGGCGUACGUCGACGUUUGUGGGCACGUAUCAGAUGAUGGCGCCCGAGGUGUUUAGUGGCAAGUCGUACUCGCGUGCUGUGGAUUGGUGGGCUCUGGGUGUCAUGGUGUAUGAGAUGAUUGACGGUCGUACGCCAUUUAACGCAAAGACGAAUCGCCUCAUCAAAGAGCGCAUUGUCAAUGUGGAUUUGAAAUUUUCACCUCGUUUUACCGAAGACGCAAAGGACUUUGUGUCGAAAUUGCUCACAAAGAACGAAGCGGCCCGACUGGGUUCGGGCGAGAAGGGCUUUGAGCAAAUUAAGUGCCACCCGUGGUUCAAGGGACUUGAUUGGGACAGUGUUGAUCGAAAAGAAGCGUUGUUUGAGGGUCAAUAUGCACUCAUGGAAAAGCACGCGAAAGAGUACCGGACUGAAGACAUUUUUGAGACGUACAUGAAUACGACAGAGGUCCCUAUUGAUACGCCCGCGUCGGCAAAGAGCUCGAAUGACGAGCUGUUUAACGAUUUUGCGUUCAACUACAUGGACGGUCCCGACGAAGAGCAGCGCGAUGUUCCUGAACCGGAUGAGGAGGGCAAUGGAGAGACCGCGUCGUCGCCGAUGUCGGCUAGUGACACCAGUUCCGAGAGGACUUCAAAGCCCCGACCACUCACGGUGAGGGAGGACAAGAUGCUGGACACGUUUUUGUCAACGAGUGAGUCGCAUUUCGAUCUCACUUUGUUGCGGCCGAAUCGGGCCGCUGACUUUGGCGUGUCAGCCUGCUCGCUGAGCUCUGGAGGAACUGACAAUGAGAAUGCCGAGCCGGUGGAGCAUUUGGAUGACGAGCUCCUGGCAAUAAACGAAGAUGCGAAAGAAAUAGAGACGGCCGACAAGAAGAACCCACCGAGUCCUACUAAGACACAGCCAGUGUCUCCCUCAAGCUUGGACAGCAACCACAGCUCGGAUGUCGACUCGGAGCGAACGAAAACCGGGACAGACGUGUGA